CGACGCCUCAAAUCGCUCCCUGCCUCUGGUCACCUCGCUUCCGCUCCCGGCUCCCCUCCGGCCACCCAGACAUCGUCCGUUCGCUCGCCAAGAGACAGGACCGGAGACCAUGGCGGACCAGCUCACCGACGACCAGAUCGCCGAGUUCAAGGAGGCCUUCAGCCUCUUCGACAAGGACGGCGACGGUUGCAUCACAACCAAGGAGCUCGGAACUGUCAUGCGAUCACUGGGUCAGAACCCAACCGAGGCUGAGCUCCAGGACAUGAUCAACGAGGUCGAUGCGGACGGCAACGGCACCAUCGACUUCCCGGAGUUCCUCAACCUCAUGGCCCGCAAGAUGAAGGACACCGACUCCGAGGAGGAGCUCAAGGAGGCGUUCAGGGUGUUCGACAAGGACCAGAACGGCUUCAUCUCUGCGGCGGAGCUCCGCCACGUGAUGACCAACCUCGGCGAGAAGCUGACCGACGAGGAGGUCGAUGAGAUGAUCCGCGAGGCCGACGUCGAUGGUGAUGGCCAGAUCAACUACGAGGAGUUCGUCAAGGUCAUGAUGGCCAAGUGAGUAAAGCCUGCGGUAACGGUAUAGUACCCCGCGGGAAUUGAAGGAGGAAACCAAACCGUGCAUCGCAUAUUAGAAAGGCAAUGCAGGUCUUGUUUCCUUCGUUUUCCCCAUGAAGAAACCGUACUAGCUGUAGCUGCUGAACGUUUGAGUCCCCCUGCUGCCACCCUUAUCUCCAUUUGUGUCAUCGAAACUCCGUGCUUCCCCUGCUGUGUGAAUCUGUACGGCUUUGCGUGUUCUGGACACUGAUUGCAGUUGGAUCCAGUUUGUAGUUCUAUUUGUUCAUCGAAUCUGCCCAGACUCCUUUGGUACCAUUCAACAGGCUGCUGCUUUCUGUU